CUAAUUGUUGUGAUAAACUUAUUAAAUAGUUCAAUAAUGUAGUACGAGAGAUGGCUGCCGUGCACGUCACUUCGCGCAAUCCGACUGUAGAUGGCUUGGAAGUCACCCAAGGGCUUACCUGGGCUUCAUGGAGACCAGGGGGAGAGUACACAAAGAAAGUCGUACUAAAGAAUGUAGCAUACGAUAAAAAGAAAAUCGACUUUCUUGUGCCCCAUAGCCAAGUCUUUGGAACCUUGGUUUAUCCCAAAGCCGUAACCUUGAAUCCUGGGACGACUUACUCCAUGCCUAUUGUGUUCAAACCCUUAGAGAGCAAGCAGUAUGAGGACAAAAUUGAAUUUAAAACAAAGAACAAGAAGUUCUCCAUCCCCAUAAAAGCUAUUCUUCCGGAUGCCGAUAUACAGAUUCCAGAUCAACUGAACUUUAGCUACUGCGCUGUCAAGGAUUCCGUGUCAUUAAAAUUUACCAUCAAAAACUUGAGUUCAUUCAUUCUUUCGUUCAAAUGGAAACUUCCUCAAGGGUUCAGCGUCACUCCUUCAGAUGGGAUACUUAAAGAGAACGGAGUUUGUCCAAUUGAGAUCAAGUUUAGUCCAGAUGUUGCCGGUGUUUACGACGGACAGGCUGUGCUUGUUUUCGGCGACAACAAAUGGAAGCAACUUAAACUGGAGGGGAUUGGAAAGUACCCUUAUGUCAGUUUGAAGAGCGAUUUGUCUUCAUCAAGUGAAAAUCAGUCAAAUAAAUUUAUGGAUUACAUGUUACCAGACGAAGUUCUAGACUUUGGUGAUGUAGAUUUUGGAUCAAUUGCAACGAAAUCAUUAGAAAUUCUUAAUACGACAAACAUCAACGCUUCAUUUACUGUUUCUCAAUUGAAUUCUGGACGCGAAAUUGACAGGUUUUUCUUUUGCCCAUCAGCUUCGGGACAAAUUGCGGCCCAAGGCAAAACUGCUAUUAAAUUCACAUACCAACCAAUAAUAAGUGGGCACCAACAUAUAGAGUAUUUUGCGAUUACUCCUUUUGGCCAGCUCUCAAGGACAAUUGUCAAGUGCAUCGGACGGGGCAAAGGUCCGGCCAUUAAACUUAGUAGCACCAGUAUCGAUUUCGGAGUUGUUGACAAAGUUGGGCAAUCGAAGACACUGACAGUGAAUUUGACGAACGAAGCUUAUCUUCCAGCUCAUUUUCAGUUCAACACUGGCAAUUUUGAGACUGACAGUGUAUUCACAGUAUCUCCUCGAAGUGGGGUGGUGAAAAGAGGUCAGCAAGUGAGUGUGAGUGUUACUUUCACCCCGACACACUCCAUAGGCUGCUACAGGAGACUGCAGUUGCUGAUCAACCAACAGGAUUCCCUCUUUGUGGACCUUUAUGGCGUUGCCCAUUGCGAGGAGUUCAAACCCCUUGCCAUCACUUCUACUCAAAUCUCCAGGCACUACAAACAGAUGCAACAUGGGAUGGGAACCCUCUCUCCAGAGCAUUUGACGCAACUGCUGUCAGCCAAUAAAAUCUCAGCCAAAUCUGGAGCUCUCGAUUGGCGCAAUGAAGCUGAUCGUGUCAGCCAAUCAGAUUUGGCCGAAUUCUCAUCACAAUCUAGUCAACCAUUCUCCAGUUUGUUCAGAAAAGAGGAUCCGAAACUGGAGAAGUUUGUCACUUUAGAGAAAAACAAGUUCGAUUUCGGAAGAGUGACUAACUUUGAUGAACCAAUGCAACAGACCUUGAACAUAACGAACAACACGAAGGCCAAAGUGACACUAGCUUGGAGUGCGAGUGGAGGAGUUAAUUCUAAGAGUGGGUUCUGGGUGGAACCCCAGGUGUGUGACAUCCCCCCUCUCAAGGCGCAGUCAUUCAGGGUGUUCUUCAGGCCAGACGGCUUCGACAAGUUCUUCGGCACACAACUGGAGGCAUUCGCUUUCUUCAAGGUGAUGAGACACCAUGAACUAGUGUCGGACCCCCGGUGUGUCACUCUGCCCAGGUGUGUCCUGAUAGAGACCAUAGGCCAUACAUUCAACUCCAUCAAGGACACUUUCAAGGCAGACAUGGAUAUUUCCAACAAGAAAAUUAUGAUGCCGCCGUGCGUAUCUUCUACUCCCAGCUACCAAACUAUUCACUUAGUCAACAGAGGAACCACUUCUUUGACCUUCAACUUCGACUCCGACCCCAAAGGUCACUUCGAAGUCUGGCCUCAGGCAGCUCUCAUUCUGCCUCAUUGCGUCCAGAUAUGUGUGAUCAAGUUCACUGGAGACGAAUGUCAGAAGUACUCGGCUAACAUCCAGUGUCACGUGAACCACAAUGCAAAAUAUUUGAAGACUUUCACCAUUUCUGCAUUUGUGGAUUCGCCAGCACUAUUAGUUGAUAGUAAUGCUAUGGUGUUCAUGAAGCCAACGUGCCCUGGAGAAAUUGUACAGAAACGAUACGCAUUCAGAAAUAAUUCACGCCUUCCUUUAAAUUUUGAGUGGCGCAUCAAUAAGGAAGAUCAGGAUUACUUGACAGUGGAGCCCUCUAGUGGAGUUAUUCUGCCGAAUGAGAUCCAGGCACACGAGAUCUCCCUCAAGACAGAGAAGAAGAAAGUGUCCCACUAUAAGACUUUUCUCAGAGUCACGUCAGACAUGACCAAAGUGCACAAAGCGUACAAGGUGCAAGUAGUGUGUGAGACGACAGAAGGAUCUCUGGAGUGCAGAGAGGAGAGUGUGGAUUUCGGAGAAGUGAUUUGUGGCAACAGGCAGACCAAGACACUCACUCUGUUCAACAGCAGCAACGUCAAUGUCAACUUCAGACUGGCAUACAGCGCCAGAGUGGAGGGCGAUUAUGAAGACGAAGAGGUGCUCACCGAUAAACCAGCCCUUGAGCUUUCGCCACUGGGUGGGACUGUACCUGCCCGCACCCACAAGAUAAUACAAAUCACUGUCAAUCCCAGAAGGAGAGUGCACUACCAGUUCGACAUACAGGGACUCAUUGUACAAUCAGCCAAUGAGGACGAAGCAGGAGUGGACCCUAUUGACCUAUGUACUGUAUCUGUGCGUGGCAUGUUCCCAUGUCUGCAAGUGAGGGACGCGCAGUGCUUCGGGGCUGCAGAAAACAUGAGCAAAGUGUAUCUAUGGAGACUACUCAACGUCGACAGGCUGAACCAAGUGCUGGACGCAGAUCCGGAACAUGCCGAACUGAGGUACUCGGCAGUCAGCCGAAUGAGCAUGGAGUCGAGGAGAGGCGAAGGCCGCCACGGCUCAUUCGAUCUAGCUAACAAUGCCAGGUCGGAUGCGAUCAACAUGAACUUCGGUUCUGCUCCUGCUGGGUCUCCAAACACGAAGAUUGUGCUGCUGUUUGAGAACACUUCUCACGUCCAAACCGAGUGGAACUUCUACUUCCCGGCUGACCUAAAAUUGGAGCUGGAGUACUGGGCGCAGUCGGGAGACUUCUCGGAGGAGGAGUUCCACCAGCUGAUGGUGGCGGAGAACAGACUGUUUCGCAUCCACCCCCACUCCGGCAAUCUCCUCCCUGGACAGUCUGUCUCAAUCACUCUCACUUACCAGCAUCUGUUUCCAGGCACCAACCGUAUCCCCGUGCUUUUGAAGUUGAACAGGGGCAGGGAGAUAGUGUUGAACUUCGUGGGGGUGACAGUAGAGCCACAGCGGAGAUACCUGCACUUCGCAUCCCCCGUGCACCAGUUCAGACCAGUGCCGAUAGCAGGCACAGAACCCCCUCAACAGUUUUGUGAAACAACAACUCUUGAACUCUACGAAUUAUACAAUGGUGGUUCAGUGCCUCUCAAAUGCUCGCUAGACCUAAGUGCUCUAGAACACUGCAAAGCGGACAACUUCAACUGUGCCAUCUUCGAGUGUCUGGACAAGGAAUUGUACAUUGAGCCAGGCAAGUCCUGUGCUCUGCGCUGGAUCUUCCGUCCAGUGGAGGCCAAACUGUACACUGUGGAGGUGCCUGUCAUCAUAGAAGACGGGGAGACUGCAGUCAUAUUCUUCGAAGGUAUGGGCUUUGACAAGCGGGAUAUCGGAGACAAGGGAAUCGAAAACUCUGAGGACACCUUAGACUCCAUUCCGACGAGACAGAUUGUGGCCAAACCCAGACAGGAAGUGUUUCUGUCGGAGGAGCGAGUGGCGUUCGGGGACCUGCCUCUGUUCACGCGUGGCAGGAGAGUAGUCUGUCUCACCAACACCUCCUACUCAGACACUGUCAAGUACCAGUGGCAGCCAAACUCAGACCCCUACAGCAAGUGUGUGAAUAUCUGGCCCCUGGAGGGCACUCUGGGUCCCCUGGAGUCUGCCAUGUUCAAAGUGACCUUCACCUCCACUGGGUUCCCCUCCUUCUACAACUUAGACUUCACGUGCCAGGUUGUGAACUCGUCUCAGAUGGUGAGAUACGAGCACGAUUUGCGCUACUGGGCUCAAGUGAAGGCCCAGCAAGACCAGGAGUUCACCAUCACAGAACACAAUGUGAACGAAAUACACAAGGUGGGGGGAAGUGACAGUGCUCUGAAGAGUGUCAGGCUGAGGAACACUACACCGCCUCUCACUCCGUCAGAUAUAGACUUCAAGCACUAUGAGACGUUGCCUCCAAUUAAGAAAACUAGAGGCGACAAAGACCACCGCAAAUCCAACAGGAGAGCAAGGGAGGUACUCACUGAAGAUGGAUCCGAGGUUUGGAUGAGACCAAGUCCUCCGAAGCCCUUCAUCCUCCAUCUGGGAGUGACUGCCAGGACUCACAGUGUACAGGAGUUCGAAGAGAGUUUCGGAACUGUGUCUUCAUUUUUUGUCGACCGCUUCCUCAGUCGUUUCAACCUGAUCACCCUGAGCGAGGACUUUGAGACUGACAUUGAGAGGCUGCAGAAGAACCCGGACAAGAUUGUGUGUCUGUGCAGUGAAUAUGAUCUGGCAACAGGGAUAUUCACUAGUCUAGUCAAGUCCAUGUUCGAGGACACCACCUUCCACCAGGCCAUCAGAGACGUCCAGUCGGAGCCGGUACCCUACUUUGCCCAACUGAAGCCAGAAGAUUAUGUCCAACAGCUACACCAGACAGAGGCUGAAGUAGAAGCUCAACCCCACACACCUCCCGGAAGUGCCUAUGAAAAGGAGGAAGGGGAGAGUAAAGUGGGCUCGCGGGAGAAAAGUAGACAGACUUCUGCUGCUAAGGUAAAUGGUUUGAAGCGUGAACAGACUGAUGUCUCAUUCCAAUUAGGAGAGGGUUAUAGCAGACAGCUCUCGGCUCGAUCUUCAAUGAAGAAACAACCCUCUAAUCUCAACAAGGAGUACUCCGGAAUACUCAAACCAGAAGAUACCUUCAUGAGUGGUUUUGAGCCCAUAGACGAAGAAAACUACAAACUACUUCAGAGUGUAAGAGCAGACCGAAUCCAACAGGGCAAAUCAGCAGGCAUCACUUUCUCGGGUGUGCACGAAGAACUAGAGAGGCCACCGAAGAAUGAGCAGCAGCCUCGUGAGGGUACUUCGUCCUCACUUAUGCAUCCUCACAUGCCAGCUACUCCUGAGUUGAGAAUGAUGGAGCGAAACAACAAGAUGAUGGAAAUGCUGAAAAGUGACGCCGAGAUCGCCUUCUCUGCUGAGAAGUCUCUCGAGAAUUGUCUGUCUAACAUAAUCAAUGAGGCAGUGGCCCAGACAUUCAACCCAGUCAUGAAGCCCCGCUUGAUAGCCGAAAGUAUGCACAGAGAAGACACCAACAUUUAGACUUAGAAUUCCUAUUCAUUGUCACAAGAUUUCUCUAAAUCAAAUUGUACAGGCCAGUUUUUUUGCCGAAGCUCAAACUUCAGUUUUUGGAUUCAAUGCACUGUUGUUACUGAAAAACAAGUUAAAAAUUCUUUGU